CGGACUCCAGACUCCGCUCCCAGGCACUCCUCUAAUAAAGCAGCUCCUGAUUGGCUGGCUGGCCACACUCUCUCCAUCUGAUUCGCCGCCGUGACGUCACGCUUUCCCACAGUGCAGCGCGCUGUUGACGGGGUGAAGCAACAUGGCGGCGCCCGGUAUUCGCGGCGUGAGUGAUGGAGCGAUGGCUGCACCGGGGGCUGAGACAAGUUUCCGGAGGAAGGUGCGGGGAAAGCUCCCGGCCAUUAGAGGAACCCGGCCCUCCGUGCAGAACGGGCAGCUCCUCGUGUCCACCGGGGUCCCCUCUCUGGAUCACAUCCUAGGUGGUGGUCUUGCUGUUGGAACACUACUCCUAAUAGAGGAGGAUACCUACAGUACCUACUCCAAUCUUUUGCUCAGAUAUUUCCUAGCGGAAGGUGUUAUCAGCGGACAUGAAGUCUUUAUUGCCUCUGCCAUUGAUAUUCCACAGAAAAUCUUUAAGGACCUACCUGCACCUCUUCCGGAUGAAAUACAGGCACAAGACAGUAAAACGAAUGUUACUGAAAGCCUUAGAUCAGCAGAAGACACAAUGAAGAUAGCAUGGCGCUACCAGAACUUACCGAAAGUGGAGUCUGUUUCUUUGUCCUUUUCAAGAUUUGGCCAUUAUUAUGAUAUAUCAAAAACGAUGUCUCCAGAUAUGCUGCUAUCUGCCAAGACACACAGCUUCUAUCUUCCUGAUUUUAUAUCAUCGGAUGGAACACAUGACUCUUCAGGUGAGAUGUCCUGUGACUACCUACAGCUUCUCCAGUCUAUCCAGAGUGUAGUCCACCAGGGAGGCUUUGACGGAUCCAACCCCCAGCUGAAAGGACAGAAGAACAUUCUGCGACUUGGAGUCCAGUCUCUGGGGUCGGUGCUGUGGGGUGACGACAUCUGUACUCAUGAGCGACCUCGCAACCUCCACAGCUUUACCCGUUUUUUGUAUGCCCUCAGAGGUCUCUUACGGUCCUCACUGUCAGUAUGUGUCAUCACAAUGCCCGCACAUCUCAUUCAGAAUAAAGCAAUUAUUGCACGUGUGAGAAACUUGUCAGAUACGGUAGUUGGCCUUGAAUCAUUUAUCGGCUCAGAGAGGGAAUCCAAUCCAUUAUACAAAGACUAUCAUGGUUUAUUUCUCGUCCACAAGAUCCCUCGACUUAACAGUUUGAUUUCUGAUGUGUCAGACACCAAGGAUCUGGCUUUUAAAUUAAAAAGAAAGAUGUUCAGUAUUGAGAGACUGCAUUUGCCUCCAGACUUGUCAGACACAGUGAGUCGUUCAAGCAAACAGGAUCUGGCAGGGUCGACCAAACUGCUGAGCUCAGGAUGUGGCUCUGCCGCCGCAGGCAAGAAGCACCUGGACUUCUAGUGAUUUCUACUAAGCAGAUAUGUUCACAAACCCUGGCUCCCAAAUGGGGCACCAUCACCGUCAACAUUACACAUUUUUAUAUAAAAACAUAUUAAUAACAUAAU